CUCUCGUGGCCACAAGACGGCCAUCAGGGACUUCAGCUCCAGAUGCUUCAUGCAAGUAGACUCGUUGCGCACUCGACGUACUAUCCAGGGCCUUGCAAAGAAUCGCCCGGGAGGCCACAUGGAUCCGGCCGGGGAUAAACUUGAUUUGUUAACUUCCGAGUUCAUCUAUGCCCCGGCUGGCGGGACCCAAUGAUUAACCGAUGUGGAUGGCGCACCAUUCGAGCUUUUGGAUUACGGUCUAUGACAAAUUAUCUUCGGGCAGUUCUUUUUUGCAGCUCGUGCGAGACAAGUGGCAUUUCUGAACGACUUCAAGUCAACCACACUAAUCACAUUAGCAUUUGGCAAGCCUGCUCUCUCCAACCGUUCUGUUUCUCAUCUCGUCGGGAAGCAGCUGCCAUGGGGAUGAUGGGAAUAAUGGCUGUCGGGAAACGCGCCUUGGGGCUGGACCUGGGCCAUUGCAGCCGAGAAACAACAAAGGCGUUGAAAACUUGAGACCCUUCCAGACAAGAUUAGGAAACGAUACUCCUCAAGCCUAUGGGUCUGCACGAUGAUGGAUUUUACGUGAUGCUAUGUUUGGCUAUGAAAGUAGGCUUUCGAUGCUUCAUCAGUUGUCUUUCCGCGUAUGGCGCUUGAUAGAAUGAGAAUGACA